GUUGGCAGUUUUGUAUUUCGUGGAGUGGUUCUUGCUUAGUGGCACUAAGCAUAAAAAUGUACCCAAGUCUAUUUUAGAUGUUGUAGAUAGUGGGAGGUACAAUGAAUUUGCUUGGGGCCGGAGUUCUUUUGAAUUGACUAUUUCCUCAUUGAAGGGUAAGCUUGAUAGUUGGGUUGAGGGGGUCAGGAUGGCAAAGAGUUCGGGAAAGAGGCCGAGUGUUUUUUACACUUUGAUUGGUUGUCCUCAUGUUCUUCAAGUGUGGUUCUACGAGUGUUGUAAGUACAUGAAAGGUAAGUACUGCCAAAAGGAAAGCUCUCGUAUUCCAAGGAUCACUCAGUGGACAUGCAAUAGUCAACCUACUUUCAAAGUUUUGAAGACUACUAUCUUUGAUGUUUCCAAAGAUAAGCUGCAACUUUCAAAUAUGAGGCCCACGGCUGGUGAGUUCAAAGCUUUGAAACUGAGCAGUUUCAAGUUCGACACCGACUUCAACUCUUACAAGAGUCUUCCUGUCCCCGAAGAGCCAACUGUUGCUCAGAGUGACAUUUCUGUCAAGCUUGAGGCCUUUUCUGAGAAAUUUCAUGGGUUGGAGGUCAAGAUCGAUUCGUUGCAUACUUCCCAACAGAAGAUUUCAUCUGAUUUGGUUGAGUUGAAAGAGUUUGUGUCUGCACAGUUUGUUUCUUUUGGUGCUCAGAUGGCUUCAAUGCAGACACAGUUUUCUACUGUUUUUGCCGAUUCCUAUGCCAAGGAAAAAGGCAGUGACUCUUCCAAUGAUGAUGAUGGAGGUGGUGAUGAAGCAGAUUUUGAUUUAAAUGAAUCGAAGAAACCGAUGAAAAUGAAGCAGAGAAUGUUAUGGGUGAUGACGAAGGGGAGGGUAGUGAAGGUGAAGAGAAGGAUGAUCAAGCCGAUGAAGAUUCUGACUCAAAAGAAAAAAAUGAUAAUGGCAGUGAUGAUGAUGCCACUGAUAGUGAGGAGAAGAUGGGUGCACAGUCUCAAUGUUGAUUCUAACAUUGAACUUGAAGAUGACCCAAUUCCCGUUGAAGAAACUCCUCUUGUUGACAAGAGGAAAUCUAAGAAACCCAUAGCGCUGACGUCUCCGUUUAUGGAGUAUGACUCUUCCAUUUCUAGUUCUAAAGAUGGUUCUGGUUAUGGAGUUGUUAAGUAUGUGGCUGGGUUGUGUCCUCUCGAUGAUAAGAUUGGUGAAUAUGUAGAACAUAAAGACGAGAUUGAUUUUGACUUGUGGCUUGGUGAAGGACGCCGAUCGAAGAAAGAUCCGCAUGAUAAGGAGAAGGUUUACUUGAAGGGUAAGGAUAAGAUUGUUCCCCCUUUUCGUUUUGGCGUGGAAGAUGUUGCAACCAAGAUGUGGUUCCACAAGCUUGCAUAUCCUGGCCAAUGUUUGACUAAUUCUCAUCUGGACAUCAUUUUUUACUAUCUACGUAAAAAAGGAAAGUAUGCAAAGGAGCCAAAGGUUAAGUUCACAACCACCGAUUGCUUAUUCUUCAAAACCAUUCAUGCUUUGUAUGAAAAAUUUAUUGCACAGAAAAAAAAAUCUUUCUUUGAUAAGCGCUUGACAUGCCAUUGCUGA